AUCUGCCAAGUAAAUUUUGUUUGCGGGCGGCCGGGGCGGGAGCGGUACAUUCGGCACCGGUUAAAGUGGCUACGGCCUUGAGUGGUUCUUUAUUUAUAAAUUUUAUUGCCUUUUGUUUGUGUUAUUUAGUAGUUUAUCUCAAGAUGGGCUUUGAUGAAGGAAGGAUAGUCCUUGACAGUGACAAUGGAUCAUAUUUUGCGGGACAGACGGUUCAUGCAAAAUUAGUUUUUAACCAAGACAAGGUGAAAACUUUUCGAGGUAUAUAUGCAAAAAUUAAAGGCUUCUGCAAAGUCCAUUGGACAACCUCGCACUCAAGGCAAGUCCCUGACGGCCGAGGCGGGCACCGUACGGAGCACUACACUGAGACACAUGAAUCUCAUGAGGUCUAUGUUGAAAGAAAAAAUUACCUGGUUGGAGGGGAAAGUGGGGAACACCGAAUACAACCAGGCAAACAUGAAUACCCAUUCAACUUCCCACUGCCUGCGAACUGUCCCUCAUCCUUUGAGGGUGAGCAUGGCCACAUCCGAUAUGAAAUAAAGGUGGUGGUGGACCGGGCGUUCAAGACCGAUCAAGAGAAGAAGGUCCGGCUGAGGGUCAUAGCGCCUUUGGAUCUUAAUGCGGAUCCCUACUGCAGUGAACCAAUCGAGAUUGAGAUGAGCAACACCUACUGUUGCUGUUGCAUGAGUCGUGGCGCCUGCGAGACCUUAGUGAAGCUACCCAAAGGUGGCUACUGCCCUGGACAGACCAUCCCCAUUGAAGUUAGCUGCGAAAACCGGGGCAAUGUGGACAUAGAGACCAUCUCCUUUGCUAUAGAACAGAACACGGUGUUCCACGCGACCCAUCGCCCCGGCACGAAGAGCAGCGAAGACACCGUCGCUAAACUAAAGAAGGGCCCCAUACCCGGCAACACCGCUCGUACCUGGACCGUGGAGAUGGAAAUGCCCACCAUGGAUUUGUAUAACGUAGCUGCUUGCCGGUACAUUGAUAUCGACUACACGUUCGUGGUCAAAGUAUCACCAGACGGCUGCCACGAAGACAGCAAAGAGAGACGUAGGAUCGUCAUCGGCAACAUUCCGCUCCGAGGCUAUCAAGACAACAUACCCAACCCAAUGCAAGACCAAAUGCCAAAACAGCUAGAGAACUACCAAAACGCCGCGCCGCACUUCGGCCCUGUUGUAAACCAACCCAUGCCUUAUCCUGCCCCUAGUCCUUACCCAGGCGGUAACCCAUACCCCGGUGCAUAUCCUGGUGCUAGCCCGUACCCUGGCGCGAGCCCUCCCUACCCGAGCGCCAGUCCGUACCCCGGCCCGCAGCCGGUGUCUCCGUAUCCUAAUCCUCCGUACCCUGGAAGUGCGCAGCCGGUGUCGCCGUAUCCGCCUCCGUACUCCGCUGUACCUUCGCUUCCGCCAGGAGCUAAUGUGCCGUAUCCUGCAGGGGCCUCCAGUCCGUUUGUCAACGCUAGUGCCCCCGGUCUGAUUCCGGCUACGCCAGACUCUGCUGAGAAAAAAAACCCCAUAGAUUACAGCUCCAACAAUCCUCCUUUCAACCCUAACUUUAAAUCUUAAAGAAGUCCUAUUUGUAAACGGUACCUAAACUAAGGUACUAAUUGAGUUCAAAAAUCUUUAUAUUUUUCCAAAGUACUAAGUUGUUUUUUGUAAGUUAAUCAUAACAAUCAACCACAAUGAAAAAAUCAUCAUGCGCUUUUACAGGAGCCGAUAUUUUUUAAUUUUAUAUACAUACUUUUAGUUACGAAAAGGUAGCAUGUAAAUUGCAAACUAAGUUUAAGCAAAAAAAUUGCACUCAUUAAAAUAAUUACUUUGCGCUUUUAUUGAAUAAUAAUAUAAGGUUCAAAAUUCAUGAACAAAGCCACUGGUUACGGGUCGCAGAUGGCAUACAUUGCAUUUAAGUACGUUUUGCCUUAUAUUUGCAUAACUGCUAUUAUGGAGCCAGCAUGCAGUUUUUUCUUACCUUUGGUACUUAAUAUACGGGGUACUUAAAUACGCCUAAUUAUUGUAUACGUAUAUUAUUGUAGUAUAGAUGUUAAAGGCCAGUAAGAUAUUCUUAUGGUAUGGGAAUGCUUAUGACUUAUGAAACUGCUUUAGGUAAUAAGAAUCGAAGAAUUUAUGGUAAGACAUUUGUUAAUGAUUAUUUUAUUUUAGCUCUCGUCGAAGUUUUACAAUUUGAAAGGGAUAGAUCUGUGCAUGUGCUAUAAUGUUAUAUCUAGAAAGGGGGCAUUGUAUAAAUCAAGAUUCUUGCUUCAGUAUGUUAUGAAUAAUUUAGAUUGUAGAUAAAGUAAUAUUUAAGGAUUUUAUACUUUUAUAGUUUUUGCGAGAAUGAGAUGAUUGAGGAAGUUUCGCGUUUUCUAUGACAUUAACAAAAUAGUUAUGAAAAUAAAUAUGCAUAGAUCUCUUAAGCUAUAAAAAUAAAUAUAAUGAUGAAUAAAUGUGUAAUAUAAAGUGCCAUUAUUACGUUUAGCUACGUAUUAAAAAAAUCUUCCCCUAAAGGGCAAAUGUGCCUUCAGAAGACUUUACCGCAUUAUCGUAGCAGUAAACAUGUACAAUUAGAAUUACAAUAAUUUUUUGAGGAAUAUUAAAGCGAAAUAGAUAUAUUAAAUAUUGUCUUUUGUGUGUAGCAUGCUAGUACUCGCAACAUUGAACACAAUUAGAUAUAUAAUACGGGAUGGGACCUGUAACAGGAGCAAAAAAAUUUACUGUAAGCUGUACUCCUCAAACUUACCAACAUUAGUUCAGCGACUUUUAAAAAUAACUUGUGUUAUGAUUUUUAAUACACUUUAAAGUUUAUUAAGAUGCAAUAUAUUGUGAAUUUUGUUAUGUUUAAGGCGUGACAAGCAACGUCAAUUUUUCAAGAUAUUAUUUAAUUUGUAUGAAAAAUAGGAAGUUUAAAGACUUCAAUUUUUUUAAAGUUAUUGAAAAAAGUGUCACCGUUCGAGAACUACAAUCUAUGUUCUAAAUAAUUGCUCGUGUUAUAGGCCUCACCCGUUAUAAUUAUGUAUACAACAUUGUUAUAGUCUUUCUAUGCAUAGUGCUUACUAGAUAUAAGAGUGAAGACCUCAUACUAUUGAUAAUUUUCUACUUGUGUAUUUUUAUAUGAAAAGCUUUAUAUUAAAAUGUUAAACAAUUUCUUACAUUUUGAUCUUUGAAUGUUGUUUUUAUUUUAUAAUAAUGUUGAGGUAAUAUGAGCAUUUAAUUUUUAUAUGAAAGAAUUGAAAGACAUUUUAGAGACCAAGCUAAGUUGGCAGCGAUUUUGGUAGCCCAGAUGUGCAAGUGUUAAGUAAACGACAUAAUUUCCUAGAUAUUUGACGUUUAAAAUAACACUUACACUGUCUGGGCUAUCAAAAUCGCUGCCAACUUAUCUUGGUCUGACUCGACCUGCUUAUGUGAGACCUGUGAGAUUUAAUAAAAGCUUAUUUUAAAACGC